AUUUUGUUGUGACAGCUUUCCCAACCGACGGAACGCGCGUUUGUCUCGCCGAGAAGUUUUGCUACUCGCAGCAAGUGCAGUGAAAAAAAUAGUGACCAUUCAAGGUGAAUAAUCGUGAAAACUAGUCUUCGAACUCGGCUUUACCUGUGAAAUUACCUAAUAGGCAGAGACAAUUGAUUAAUGGGUGGUAGCCAGCGAUAGGGACCCCAUUAAUAUUCGGAUAUGCUUUCGCUGGAAUUCGUCGCGACGACUGUCGUGCCGGUAAUGGCGCUUCUGUUCGUUGGGGCCAUCGGAUUUGCGAAUCUGUUUCACAACGUGCGAAAGCGAUUCCCGAUACGCGUCAAUUGCUGGUUUUGCAACACCAAUACCAGAGUACCUUACGAGAGCAGCAAUUCGUGGUACUGUCCAAGCUGUACCCAGUACAACGGAUUCACUGAGGAUGGCGACUAUAACAGGGAAAUCCCGGCCCAGUACCAGAGCAGGUUGAAUCCCCAGGCCAACAUCACCGACGACGACAAGAUCAGCUACUCGGCGCCGCACAAUGGCCUGUGCUUCGGCUGCAACCGCAAUCAGGAACUGAAAAUCCACCAGCUAGCUUCGUUCGUUCCGGAUGUGGAGGACAAUUACGACGAGGAGGUCGAGGAGUACAAACGCCAACUGGAACAGGUCUACAAACUGUGCUCUCGCUGCGAAAGAGUCGUCAAGCGUACCUUGAAUGACGUAAAGCGAAACAUCCUCGGUUCCAAGCUUGCCCAAAUCGGAACCAAAGGCCUGAAAGUGUUCGACAUGCACAUGAAGGAAAGUGACAAGCAAAACUCGAUUAGGCGGAUGAAAAACGUGGCCAAUGUGUGCCUGGGAGCGAUUACAAUGCUGCUACUGAUGAGGGUUUUUCAAAUUGGAUCCCAGCUCGACCUGAGUAGAAAGCGACUGGAAUCGGUAUUCGGUCCGGAAGUGAUGCAGGCAAUACUGAUCGUGGUUUCGUAUUUAGUGGCAUUCAAGGAUACUCUGCUUGCCCAGUGGAAUGGAAUCAUGGAGCAGCCCACCAUCGUAGAUAGCGUCAAUCAACUGAAGUGUGCCAAAAAUGUCCUAUCGCUGUAUUGGAGUGAUAAAAUGGAUUUCCCGGAAAGGUUUUCCGAUGUGUUCCGCGAAAGUCCGGAGGUUGUAGCAGUCCCGCGGCAUGUCUUAUCAAAUAUGGCCCUGAUUGGUCUUUCAACGAUGCUGCUGACUAUGAGGUUACACGUUGGAAACCUGAAGCCGGCGGUUGUAAUCGUGUGCAGUUUGAUUGAAAUUGCGCUCAAGUCUGACUAUACGCGCCAAAUUUGCAACUUGCAAACUUGGCCUGAUUGGAUAUGGUUGCUGCCGGCGUCGAUCUCAUUGCUGGCGGCCCUCGGUUGCAUCGGAAAGACGGCCCCCAAGGUGAAGCCCUCGGACGACGUCAACUCCAGUUUUCACAAGAUCUACUCCCAGCAGGGAAACGAUGCCGACUGCUCGGAAACCAUCGAUGACAGCAGUUCCAUUCUUCAGGAUGCUUCCAUCUGCUCUCGAAAGGAGUACCAACAGGAGAAACCAUCGGGAAACAACAUGAGUGCCAAAUCAAUGGACACGACUAAAUCCAUUAGUCCCUCUGUUCUCAGUGCUUCCACUUUGCGGCCUUUCCUCGAUACCUCGUUCAGCAGUCAGAUCUACUCGCCCAGAUCCCACUAUGGUGGGUCAGCUUUGAACGUAAACCGGCUGAAUUCCACCUUCCAUGAACAGUCAAUCCGCAGUGUCAGUCGCUCUAGCCUCUUGGGUCAAACUCCGUCCGUUUCGGUGGACAAUUUCACCACUGCCAUCGCUGGACCGAACGAAUCCUCCCUGGGGUACGGUUUCAGCAAAUACGGCUUCUCCACAAAUUGCCUCAACAAAUCGACUCUCGUGGAGGAAGACCGCUUCGGGGACGACAUCGACCGGUUGAGUAUCAGUGGCCGCAUGUCGGUUUCCCGGAAAGAUCUCACAAUGGUAAACAAUCCCUUUACCACGCAUCACGUUGACCGCGAUGACGGGUUUUCCCUGCGCCAACGGAAGGUAACGCUCUCUCCUCCCCAACUAGGUACCGUAGCGGAGUCCGGAAGUUCCUGGAUCGCUGGUGGCUACUGGGGAAGCUCUCCGCAGAAACAAGGCGGCGAAAACCCACACGACGCGACACUUACCCAUCCCUACAUGUCGCGCACGUCGUCUCAGAGUUCCGGCUUUGAAUCUCAACCAACACGGCGUCCAACGCCGGAAGAACCUCCCGGCGUUGAGCUCGACCGGGUAUCACUUUUCUCCGAACCGGCCGGGAUCUUUGCCUCGAAUGCGAGUAGCGUAUCGGCCGCCUUCCAACAGCCAACCCCUCGUCUGAAUCAGUCCUUCCAUCUACCGCUGCCACAAUCCUCGCCGAUUCCUUCCUCCCAUGGGUCGUUUUUCAGCCGUCCGUCAUAUCACUCGACCAGCGGUCGAAGUCUCUUCGGUGAGAGUAACCUCUUCCAGCAGUCCCAUCACUUAAAUUCACCACAGGUUCCGUCCCUAAUCUUUCCGCCGCAUCACUCACACACGCCGGUUUUUGGUAGCGCUUCUCACAACCCCUCGUUCAAUCAUGGAGCCGCCCUGUCAAUGGGGUCUUCUUCCUUCUCCUUGCCAGGACAUGGGAUGGGACCAAAGGCUGGCGUUCGGCGUAGUCUGCUGAAUCUGAGCAAACUUGGAGGGGUAGCGGAGGAGCAGUGAACUCAAAAGGAUAGAUCAAUUAUUUCAUUUGUUUUUGCCUAAUUUUGUUUUUAACGUUAAGUUCGGAUAAGGUCGCUCUUUUUAUGAAAAGCUCUAAACAAUGAUGUUCUUUUUUCGUGUGAUAUUUAGACUGAUAAACGAUACAGCGUUACUCCGAAUGAUAUUUACUGUGUUAUAACUACUCUACUUAUAUCAAUAGCCCGGAACUGCCAUAACGCAACUAGUUACUAGUAUAUGAAUUAAUAGGUCGUAAACUAUUAACUAAUACUGCCUACUUUUCAGAAUAAAUAGGUAACGCAGCUGUAAAAUUAUAUGAUAAUUAUGAAGAAUAAAGAUAACUGUUAAAAUAA